UCCUCAGGCCGAACGUUACUGCAGAAGCAAAUUGAAGCCGUGCUUGCUUCGUUGUUUGGCAACAUUGCAGCUUGUUCUCUCGACAGACGGCGCCGAUGGUCCGUGCAACAUUUGUGGGCGGCGUUACUAUGCAUUCAGUCGAGACGCUAUAUAAACCAUAUGCAGGCUUCAAGUUCCACACACUUCGCCUAUGCACGAGUUAUUGCUCAUCUCAGACAUCGUGGAAAACAUAUUCCAGCACUUUGGGUCUGGAAGCUUGGCUGUCCUUGCCCGCACAUGUCGAGCUUUUCACGAAGAAGCAGUUGAUGCACUGUGGACGCAGCAAACUACGCUCGAGAACAUACUCAACCUCUUGCCAGAUGACACCUUUCGGGCAAGCACCGCCGACUACUUCGACGCUCACUACGAAACUUUCGACCUAUGCCGGCCUUUACAACCCGCUGACUGGACCAGGGCCCUCACAUACACGCGUCGGAUCAAGAUACUGGUGCUCGAAGCUUCUGAGGCCCGGCACUCCGAAGGAUACUCCACUUGGAGUGGAUUUCCCCUUAAAAACCAGGUCCAAGCUAUAUCUGCGUCCUUUCCCUCCUCAGGAAUCAUCUUCCCUAACCUUCGACAUUUGACUUGGGUUACAAACCCUUACAAGUCUGACGUGUCCCACCUACUUGUGUCGUUUCUAUCACCAAAUAUUCUCCAUCUGAACGUUGGGGGAACCUUGCGCGCUGCUGAGGCACUCAACUCCGGCGCUGUAUUGCUUUCUAAUGCAACUUAUAUCGCCUUCAGAAGCUGGGGAGCCCUUCCAUCCAACACACUUGACAAAUUGAUACUGUCAACUUGGAAUCUCCACUCACUCUCCCUGCCCCGGAUAGACCGAAUUAUACUACAGCACCUCACACAACAACCGAGUCUCCGGUAUUUGGAACUGUAUGAUCCAGAGGCUGGCGACUGUGGUCCAUCCGAUGUACCGCUAGUACUGCACGAGCCUCCCAUCGUGUCUGGUCUCAUAUCACUGAAGCUUCAACAAACCUCGCUCAAGUUUGCAUCCGAACUUAUCAAACUCCUCGGUCCCUUUUCUUCCUCUCUUAAACAGUUUUCCAUUUCUCGUCCGGAUCUUUUCAAGGCCAACGAGCUCGAAGCCUUCCUCGCCACCGUCGGCUCCAGCCUGAAACCGUCGACUUUGCAAAAACUACAAAUUUUUGACUCAAACCGACUAUAUUUGCUGCCCGGUGAAUAUGUUGAGAUCCAGGCUGCCAUGGAUCAAUACACCUCGGAUGCCUCCUCCCUCGAUUCACUGGCUUCUUUCUCGAAACUCCAUACGCUCAGGAUUGCGACUUAUACUGGGUUCCGUAUUGACGAUGAUGCAUUAGAAAGACUGGCUCAGUGCUGGCCAAAUCUUAAAAGCCUUCGUCUGUGUUCGAUGUGUCGGAAGCAGACCCCUCCCUUAACCACGCUGGCCGGCUUUUUUGCCUUAAGCCAGCAUUGCCCCCUCUUGGAGGAUCUAACAAUGGCCGUUGACGCGACAGACGUGGCCCCAGAACAUCCACGCCCAUUCGUCAAAAGCCCGCUGCAUUUCCUCCACGUCAAGGAGUCCCCCAUCGACGACGCAGAAGCGGUUGCUAAAUAUUUGUCGGGAACCUUUCCCGCACUCCAUUCCGUAUAUGCGUAUUACGGUGGCAGGGUGCUGAAGCGGAACCGGGAAGCGGUCUCCAAGUGGACAGAGGUUUACUACUUAAUGGCCAAGGAGUAG